CAUCCACAUCCAGAAAAGUGAAGUUAGGAGCUGCCACCGGCUGGUGUUCAUUGUUCUGGUGGUGCGCAGAAUAGAAAACACUCGGAUGAGUAAAAAUAGUUUCCUGCUCGUUCUGGAGUGAUGUUUCAAAAGACUGCUGGGUCAUAAGGACGGGCAAGAUGUUGCAGAGGUAGAAGAUCUUCAAUUGUUGGCUUUUACCUUUUGCAUUAGGACAAGUAGAGUACCACCUCAGUUCCUCCUCCCUGUUAAAUGAGCAAUGAAGAAGAUGAUGAGCCAGGCCUCCUGUAGGAAUGGUCUGCAGGUGUGUUUACUCCUACUGAUGGUGGGAAGACUGCAGGGAAGGGUAACAGCACCAGAGCGUCUGGAAGCUCCAGUGGAGAAGCCUUUUACUCUGAUGUGCAGUGUUUUGAGGGAACGAGGUGAGUCUCUGAAGCAGGUGCGUUGGCUGGAUGUCCAGAACCAGACCCUGCUGAGCUACCUGCCCGGCCAAAGAGACAGUGUGAGUGGACAGCAGCAUGUGGAGCUCGCCUCCUCCCCAAAGGACUCCUCGGCUAUCACCAUCCGUAGGGUGGGCUUCCGUGACGAAGGCUGCUACACCUGCAUCUUUGACAUGAUACCUUCGGGUUCAAAGCAGGGACAGAUCUGCCUCACUGUUACCGCGCAAGUCACUGUCGACAGCAACAAAACAGCAGUGAGUGGCAAGAAGGCCUCCCUCUCGUGCUCCUACGGUUUGCCUGAGAAGGUGCAACAGAUCAUAUGGAGACACACUUCUGCACAAGGAGACUCCUCACAGGUGGCCUCCUUUGCAAAGCGGAGUGACCCCAUGAUAGAGCCACCCUACCAGGGGAGAGUCUGGCUAAGUGCCUCCCUGUCCGACAGUCAGCUCACCAUCCAGCCUGUCGCUAUCCAGGAUGAGGGCUGCUACACAUGCCUGUACACCACACUCCCUGCAGGACAGAAGAGCUCCACGGUUUGCCUCGCCACCUAUGUGCUGCCCAAACCUCAGGUGAGCUACAAGACUACCUCUCCAGGUGUGAUCGAAGCCAACUGCACCUCAGUGUCGCGCCCCCCAGCGGAGAUAGUGUGGAACGUGGAGAGGGAUAACCGCACUAUGGGCCCCCCUGUUACGACACAGCUCCCACAGGGAGACGGGACCACACUGGUCAUCAGCACACUGACUGUCCAAUCAGGCCUCCUUAAAGAUGUGUCCGUCAAAUGCUUGGUGCACCACAAAGGGCUUGAGUCACCGAUUGCUGUAUCCAUGAACACCAAAAUUGGGACGGCUCUCACCAUCCUGAUCUCAGUCACCACAGUGGCAGCCCUGUUGGUCAUGUCCCUCUGCUUCUGCCUGUGGAAGUGUUUCUUGCGCAAAGAAGCUGAUUAAUCUUUCAGAUGAGACCAGAAGCUGAAAGGAAGAGGCAGAGUAGUUUCCCUGCAUCAUCACCAUCAUCUUGGUACGAAGGGAAGAUGUUCUGACACACCUCUAUAGAAUGUCAAAUACAAUCCUAUGUAUGAGCGCCAACUGUACAACGACAUUCAUCUCUGCUCUUCUGCCUCCGCACCUGACUCUUAUAUAAUCUCCAGGCUGUCCUCACAUGAAGUCAAUGAGGAAAUGUUGAGUGGAUCAUAUGUUUUCUCUCUCUGUAAUUGAUUGAGUUGAUGGCCACACAUUCCCCAACGCACAGCAGAGUCACUGUAUGACGAGUUAAAGUACAGUGAUUUUGCUGUUACAGCAUAUUGCAUGUCUUUGAAAUACUCUCCUGUUUGUCUCUCUUUAUUAGUCCUUAAAGGAUAAGUCUGGUGAAGUUAUAUUUCUUCACAUCCCAUGAAAAGACUGAACAGCAAAUGGAUAGAUUCUGCUAACAACUAUUGUCUGUGUAGCCAAAGCACGAUAUAUUGUAUUCCUCUGAGCUCCUCUGAUGUCCAACAACUAUAAAAACACAUCACCAUCCUGCUUCUGUAAAUACUCACAAGCACACCAAAUGUGUAUUAAUCCACAGCUAAAAGUAGUCCCCCAUAAAAUAUUCUACAGUGCUCAGCUGUUUUUGGAAAUCAUUUAGCUUUUUUUAAUGUCAAAACUCUAUUCAAGCCUUUAUCUACAUAGGAUUUUUUUGACAAUAAAAAAAAUAAGGAAUAUCGCCAGCCUUAUCCUUUAAAUAACCCAGCUAAUCGCCACCGUGGGCUCACCCCUAGUGUUUUUCUUCGUGUACCUCAGUCAAAGGCCUCUGUCACUUCUGUGUAUUUCUAAAAGGAGGGUGGGGUCAGGGACUGACCCUGAAGAAUAGUCAGUAGUUUACCUAAGGGGGCUGCAUACUUAUGUCUUGUUUGUGUAAUAUCUAUUGCAAACUUUUCUACACAUUUCACAGACUGUUUGAGUGUGUUGUGAGAGUGUGUUGUCCUUCUGCCUGUCGAAGUGUUUCUUGCGCAAAGAAGGUGAGUGUGUGUCUUUGUGUGUGUGUGUGUGUGUGUGUGUGUGGGCGUGUGUGUGCAUAUUUGUUAGAGGUUAGAUUUCACGAUCAGAUAGCUUGAAUCAAUUCCCUGAGAAAGCAACACUGAAACCCUUUUGUUGCCCCCGAAAGGAAUGCGUGUGUUGUUGCCCGUGUAGGCGAGUUCACGUGUGUGAAAAUGUGAGUGUGCAGGUUGGGCUGCGGCAAGGAAGUUUAGUGGUUGGAUAACGGUUAAAUGCCCAGAAGAGCCACUGUUUGAGUGUUCUUGACAAAAAAACUAAAAUCGUGCAUGCUCAUUUGUCAGUCACUCUGGAUCAAAGUGGCACCUAUAUAUGCCCAAAUGCCUUUUGUGACAUAUCAUGUUUGCAUGUGUACAGGGGCAUUUUAAAAACUGAAGCUUUAAGCUGAAAUAAUCUUGUAUAUCAAAGCAUAUGAUUAGAAUCAGUCAGUUAUCAUCCAAAUAACAUGUAGGUUAUAUUCGAGCUUUGUGCUUCAGUCGGGCACGUCACAGUCCUCACCAUUAAUAAGAGUCCUCUGUCGGCAUAGUUUCACUAUAUGCAUACUACAUUGAUUAUGAGCCCAGAGUUUACAUUAGAAUAACUCUGAAAUGUGGUUUCAGAACAUUUUUAAAUGGAAAUGUAACUUAGUAUCAGCCCUGUACAGAGCACAACUGUAAGGAAGAAAAUAUGACCAACUCUGAAAAGUUGAUGUAAUAAAUGCAACAAACAGAAUAAUAAAAAAUAUUUAAAAUAA